AUGUCUCACCACAAUAUGAUGUUUAACUUUACACGAUUUUUAUUCAUAUUAACUAGUGUAUUAGUCUCAUCAGCAUUCUCACUUGACAAAUACCCUUCCAAUGAUAUUGAAAUCUUUAAUCAAACACUAGUCGAAAUCCUUCGCAAUGCAGUACAAAACAUUGGUGAUUAUAAAAAUCCUGCCAAUCCUUCUUGUUUUGGUUGUAAGGCUGCACUAUGGUCGGCUAAAACAUUCGUCUUCGGUAGUAAAGAUUUCGUUCAUGAACACAUUGAAGUCACUUGUCAAAAUUUAAAAAAUAUCUAUACACCUUGUAAACGAAUAUUAACUGAAUUUCUGGAUUUCGCCUACGACGUAAUAUACACUUACUCGUCAGCUGAUUUAUGUGCACUUGCUGGAAUGUGCCCGAAUCCACCAAGAAUAAACUUUUGUCCAGUUUGCAUGAUGGGCGUUACAGAAAGCAAAAAUAUUCUACUGUCCGAUGCACUUCUGAAAGAAAUUCAGGCUGUAUUUGUGCACGUGUGCGAUUAUGUAAGACUGGAGGUACAAUGUUCGAAAAUUCUUGACGAACUCUAUGUGACUGUGACGGAUGUCAUCAAACAUGUGGUUGAGCCUCAUCUUAUUUGCAAGAUUGUUAAAAUGUGCGAUGCAUAAAAUCGUGUUGGAGAAAUGAAAAUUUAUUCCACUCCACAGCAUAGAACUUUCUUAACUUAGAUAUUGAAGAAGAAAAAAACUGUUUGUUAUUGGUUUGUUUAAAUGAAAAGAAACAGGAUAAUACCUUGGC